CAUAUGCGUGGUCAUGCGUCUCGGUGAGCUUCCUAAUCCUAACUCUCCGCCGGCCGUGCAACCAGAGGGACGCUCUCCGAUCACUUCUGGCAGGGUCUCUCCCUCCAGCGACGGCCACUCACAUCCGCUACAGACGGGAGAAGAAGCCCAUGCCGGCCGCUGGCCCGACUCGUGACCCUCUGGCCGCAUGGAACGAGUGACAUUGGACAUCACCCGUGUAUGUCCCUGGUCGAAGCCGGGGAGGAUUUAAGAUGAGCGUCCCAAACUGAGGACCGGCACGGCUGGAGAUGGUUCCCCUCGCCCUGCUCACCACGCUCAUCUGCCUCGCUUGUGCGUGGACCAGCAACGGCCAGGGACCCGAUCCAGGCCAGGUCAAGACCUUAGUGACUUUCGGCGACUCAUACACGGAUGUGCGAUACGGGCAUGCCGGGGACAAUGGCACCGCUUGGCCAGUCUAUGUCGCCGACUACGCCAACCUGACGCUCUAUCCAUUCGCCAUCGCCGGCGCGACGUGCUCGAACAAUCUCACGUACCGCCCGUUCUCGUCUGUCAUGGAAGGCCAAGUCCCGCUCUACCUCCAAGAGGUGCAGAACGGGUCCAUCAGCGUCGAUCCCUCGAGCACGAUCUACACGCUCUGGAUCGGCACGAACGACGUCGGCGCAAACGCGGUCCUGACGGGCGGGCAGGCGCCGGGCGUCACGAUCGUGAACACAACGCGGUGCGCGGUCGACUGGGUGAAGGUCAUGUACCAGAACGGGGCCCGGAACUUCAUCUUUCAGAGCAUGCUUCCGCUGCAAGACACAGUGAUGUAUUCUGCGGACUCGUACCCCAACGGGUACUGGACCGCGGAGCGGAACACGACAGGGUGGAACCUUGUCAUGACCGAGUUUACCAACGCCGUGAACGCGCUCGCGCUCGCAUGGCUCGAGGCGAUGGCGCCGUCUCUGCCCGGUGCGCAUCUCGGAUACUUCGACUCGUAUGGCCUAUUUGCGGACAUGUAUGCUAACCCGGGGAACUACCUGAACGGCACCGCGCCACUGAACAUCACUGGCUGCAUCAAGUCGUGCAUCUUCCAGGUGAACGAGAGCACGUCCGGCCCCUCGGACUGCACCAUCCCCGAGGGGACCGCACAAGACAGUUUCCUGUGGUACGACGAGGUGCAUCCAUCGGAACAGGCCGACCGCGUCGUCGCGCGAGAGAUCGCCGCUGCGAUCGUGAGGAACUCGACGGACUGGAUGACGUGGAUUAUCUGAGGACUGGCCAAGCAUAUUCACUGUUAGAGUGAACGGUCACAGACGUUACGGGGACAUCCUUACGAGUAGUAUUUGCGAACUUCGUAUAUCGUGGGGACAUUGGUUGUGUUGCAUUUGUGGACUCCGGGUAUCCUUGUCGAUCCAUACAUAGGCUAUAGACGAUCCGUAGACCGUUGACAUUCUCGUCCUGAACUUACCUCGAUCAAUGUCAGUUCGAAUUCAUGGACAUC